UCUUGGCAUUUUACAGUCAGAUCUUGAUGCUUAACUUAUAAACAUGAAUACUUCAGAAAUUCAACAUUUUAGUCUAAACCGAAUUCUUUUACUUAGUAUUGGUUUAUGGCCCUACAAACAAUCAAAACUCGUUUUAUUUCAACAGAUCUUAUUCUUUGGCCUUCUAACAAGUUUUACUGUAUACCAGAUUAUUCUCUAUUUCAUCACAGAAAUCACUGAUGAUUUUAUCGUAAUAUUAUCUUUCAUAUUAGUUUAUAUUGUAUUUAUAAUUGAAUACAAUUCAUUUUUGAUUAAUGAUCAAGUCGUAAAAAACUUAUUGGAGCAAUUUAUACAUGUUUAUGAUGAGCUAAAAGACGAAAAUGAAAUUGAUGUUAUGAAAAAAUAUAUAAGCAAGGCAAAACGUUACAUAGAUGGAGUUACAAUAGUAACAGUUGUCGCUCUAUUUACUUCUAUGUUGAUAACAACGUGGACAUCAAUUCUCGACAUUGUUAAACCCAACAAUGAGUCUCGAUCAGAUUUAUUCAUAACAUACUUGACUGCACACUUUGCUAAUCCAGAUAAAUAUCGUUAUUUAAUGUUAUUAUAUUUGAAUACAACAAUUUACAUAGGAGGAAUUGCAAUAUCAGGGACAGCAUCGAUGCUCAUGGGUUAUCUUGUGUACGCUUGCGGGAUGUUUAGAAUUGCCAGCUACCGCAUUGAACGAGCAAUGACGAUUAAUAAUUUAUACAAAAAUUUCGAGCACGAAACUGAGAUUUAUAAAGGAAUUAUUAAUGCUGUGAACAUACAUCGUAAAACUAUGAAGAUUUGCAAUUAUUUUAUGUCCAGUUUUAAUGGAACGUGGUCAGUAUUAAUAGUGGUUGGUGUGCUUAGUUUAAGCCUCAAUAUUUAUCAAGUUUUUCACUGUGUGGCGUUUGGAAGUAGCAAACAAGAAUUCAUAAUACAUUUCGUACUUGUAGCUGAAACUCUUUUAUAUAUGUUUCUAACGAACUAUUUUGGACAAGAAAUUAUAAAUCACAAUAAUCACAUAUUUAUCACUGUAUAUAAUGGUGACUGGUAUAUAGCACCGUUGCAUGUACAGAAGCUUAUAUUAUUUUUGUUACAAGUGGGCAACAAAACAUUCGGCCUGAGAGUUAACGGAUUAUUUACAGCAUCUUUACACGCCUUCGCAUCAUUAAUAAAUGCAUCAAUAUCUUACUUCACCUUUAUGUGUUCAACACAUAAGCAAUGAUGUAUGCGGAUAUAUUAUUUAGUAUUAUAUUAGAGAAUUAAGUAAGUAUAUUUUAGUAAAAAAAUUCUACAUAAUUCUACAAAAUUCCACAUAAAAAAAUGUUUCGCGCCGGAGACCUAUCGUAUCAAACGAGCAAUGUCGUUUCUAGUUAAAUGUUUGAUGAAAUAUAAAUAAUAUAAAACGUAUUUUUUUUAUUUUAAAUUGCACCGCUAUUUAUAAAACAAAAAGAAAAUAAUUAUUUAAUUUCCAUCUAUUCGUUGCAUUCUUCAACCUUUUCAGAAACUUCGUAAAUUGAUUAUACAAUAUGUUUUGCUAAUAAACGUCUGUUAACUUUUUGCAUUCAAUAUGUGUAAAUAAUACGUAAUACCAUUAUAAUAUCAUUGCAAUAUUAUUAGAACAAUUUUAGUUAAAAAAAUAAAUACAACAACGAGAUAUCUAAUAAGUAUUUGUGAUGUGUUUAACAAUAUGUAAUCUACAUGUAACAAGUGUUUAGUAAAUAAAGAUAACGUUAAACUAAAAA